AUAGCCCAAAAUUUGACAUCCAAUGAAAUGAAGUAGAUAUUUCCACACAAAAUCAUCCCCACAAAAAGAAAAGAUUACACUAGGAAAGGACGAAAUGAACUGAAAAUGAUUGAUUGAUUCAGAUUUCAGCGCCACCGACAUAGGCGCCCUUCUCCCUCCCUCAGUAUCUGCAGAUCUCCUUCUCUCUCCUCUAUCUGUGUUUGUGGAAGCAGAGCAGAAAUCAUGGGUUCUCUCCCACCUUUUUCCUCAGACUUCAUCAACCCACAUUCUCUAUCCAAACCCAAAACAACAACAGCAAGCCAAUCUUCUUCCUCCUCAUGCAUUGACGAAACUACCCUGCUCAACCUCUUCAAAUCCCAACAGAGCCACCUCAACUUCUUCUUCCAGCACCUGGACCUCUCCCAAACCCUAUCUUUCACCCGCACCCUCCUCCUCCAGUCCUCCGCUGGCGCCACCGUCUUCUUCUCCGGUGUCGGCAAGUCCGGCUUCGUUGCCCACAAGAUCUCCCAGACCCUCGUCUCCCUCGGCAUCCGCUCCGGCUUCCUAUCCCCACUCGACGCCCUCCACGGCGACAUCGGCGCCCUCUCUAAAAGCGACGUCUUGGUCCUCUUCAGCAAGUCCGGUACCACCGAGGAGCUCCUCCGCCUCGUCCCCUGCGCCAAGGCCAAGGGCGCCUUCCUCAUCUCCGUCACGUCCGUCGACGGCAAUGCCCUCGCCGCCGUCUGCGACAUGAACGUGUAUUUACCUUUGGAGAGAGAGCUCUGCCCCUUCGAUUUGGCUCCGGUCACCUCCACCGCCAUUCAGAUGGUCUUCGGCGACACCGUUGCGAUCGCGCUCAUGGGCGCCAAAAAUCUCACCAAGGAACAGUACGCCGCCGCCGCCAAUCCCCCCGCCGGUCGGAUCGGCAAGCAUCUCAUCUUCAAGGUGAAAGAUGUGAUGAAGAAAGAAGAUGAGCUUCCUGUUUGCAAGGAAGGAGAUAUGAUAAUGGAGCAGCUGGUGGAGCUGACGAGCAAAGGCUGCGGGUGCCUGCUUGUGAUCGACGACGACCAUCACCUGAUCGGCACAUUCACUGACGGCGAUCUGCGUCGAACUCUGAAGGCGAGCGGGGAAGCCAUCUUCAAGCUCACGGUUGGGGAAAUGUGCAACAGAAACCCUAGAACCAUCGGUCCAGAAGCCAUGGCCGUGGACGCCAUGCAGAAGAUGGAAGCUCCUCCGUCCCCGGUCCAGUUCUUGCCCGUCAUCAAUGGCCAGAAUCAAGUGAUUGGGAUUGUCACUCUGCAUGGACUGGUCUCAGCUGGUCUCUGAUAGAUAGAUUAUGUAGAUGUUCUUGUCUAUGUGCUUUCUUAUUUUUCAUUUUUUAUUUUUUCAAUUUUUGUUUAAAUGUGUUUAGCAUUUUAUUCAUUAAUAUGCAUGAUUAGAUAAUUCUUUGUAACUAAAAAUAUUGAAGCAAACCCCUUUUGGGUAAUUUGUACUACUAUUGUUUACCGUUAUAUCAUGGAGAAUUUGAAUGUUUCUAAA